AUGUCGGGGCCAGAGGAGAACACUGGCUCUGAAUCCAACGUCCACCGCAUUCAAGAGCAAUGGGACAGUCUGAAUGAGAUGUUCCAAAAAACCGACCCCGAGCCUUUGGGCUCCGCCGAUGAUCUGGAGGCCGAAAUUCGUCAAGCUCAAGCUCAAUUAUCCCGACUGAAGAAGCAGCGUGAGCUCAUUGAUAUCAAACAAAAGGUCGCCGAAGAGGAGAGGGAAUUGGAGCGUGCUCGGAGUCGACUGCUGGCUACCAGCAGCCUGGACUUGUCUCCAGCGACCCCGGCUGCCACCCCAUCUAAAGAGGCCGAGCCGAAGAACAACAAGGCUGGUAUUGAUGGCGCCCAAAAGAAGACUGUUGCUGCCCGAUAUGAGCAGAAUACCGCUCCCCGGACCAAAUCUCCUGAACGUCGUCUGUCCGAGGCUAAGCCAUCCAAGCCGAUCGAAAUCAACUCCUCGCCUAAAGUCGCCAAGAAUCUCGUGUCCGGGUUGAACCUGGAGCAACUACGAGCUCUUGCUGCAGCUAGCAGGUCCCCCGCCGGUUCCACCGCCAUCAAGAUUGAAUCUCAUUCCACUGUGAAACCUCCCACCCGACCUGCCCCCUCCGAACCAUCUGCCCAGCCCCCACCGGUGCCCAAUGUGCCGGUAUACAACGGACGAGCCUUGGGGGAGUUCAAGAACUUUACUAUGGGUCUAGAGCGGCACUUUGAUAAAUAUCCCGAAUGGUUUAAAGUGGAGGAGCGCAAGGUCAAUCGGGCGCUUAAGCACGUUGCCCUUAAUCUGGAGGAUGAGUGGAAGCGACAAAUACGUCACAUACCCGCCGAGAAGAUCUCAUACGGCAGUUUCUGCACUUUUCUUAUUCAUCAGCUCCAGAACGGAGUGUACCCCGAGAUCGCCAAGGCGCGCUACAAAGAUAGCUAUCAGCGACCGGCGCAAUCGGUGACUGAUUUCUCCAACUGGAUGCAACAGUGGGUGCCACAUUUCCCGAAUAACGACUCGGAGCGGGACCGCAUGCGCCAUCUCUUUGAGCAUCUGAUGAACAGGGUCCGCAAUGAGGCCGACAAGACGCAUCUAGAUUUCGACAACUACUAUGACUUUGUCGAGUAUCUCCAACAAGUCGAGGACUCCAUCCCCAGCCGCGCCGAGUCUCUUGGGCGGCGGGUUAUCAAUCCCCGAAAGCGACCUCGCAGCCGCGACUAA